AUGAAUCUCAAUAACGACGAUAAGCGAGAAAAUGAAGUGAUGUUUUAUCUCUCGAAGCCAGGUCACGAUUUCAGGAAAUUUUCAACGGGAAAUAAGAAAACACUACUUGACGAUCCACAGGAGAAAGGUAUUCAUCCUCGUGAGGCUUUGCUCAAAUUUCACAAAGAAUGGUACAGUUCCAACAUUAUGUCGUUGUGUAUUGUUGACUCGGAACCACUGGAUGUCAUGGAGUCGCUCGUGGCAGAUUUGGACUUUGGAGCGAUUGAAAACAAAAAUGUGGAACGAAAAGAGUGGGAAAGUCCAUACGGCGAGGAGCAACUGCGUAAACGUAUUGAGGUGAGUGAAUUCUAA